AAGUUUGGAUGUUUUUGCGUCAGAGCGCGGGCGAUAGAAAACUAAGGAAGAUUACUUUGCUCUCUUUUGCUAAUUUUAAAGUCAGUUUCUAACAGUAUUCCUACAAUGAGUUUCUGUUUUAUACUAUACGCUUAAUUAUAUGUGCUAUAUUUGCAUAUCCGUGUAUUUUAACUUAUUCGAUUUUUAAUUAAGGGAUGUAAAUACACAUUUUUAAAAUUGGCGGUUAAAAGCGUUCGUUAAUGUUGUUUCCAGCAUGGAGCGAAGAUACUUAAACCUGGGAAAGCCGCCGUCAAAGCUUCGCUACUUCAAUCUGGAAAGGGCACAAUGUCAGAGGAAAGGAGACGUUGUGCGCAACAUAGAGGUGUGCUUUGACGAGUUUGAUUUGUCGCGUGAGGCAGGGAGCCAGUUGUCACCGCUCUCAAAAACCGCAAGCAGCGCCGAAGAUGAGGAUGAGGUUCAACCUUUGGUGCUGUCGCUUCAGAUCUUUGAGAGUGAAGGUGACGGCUUGAUAAGAACCUCCAGCCCUAUUGAAAUGCUGCGGAACGAGGGAAGUCGAGAUGGACACGUUGAUGUGGAUGACAUCAGGGCCUCCCCACUGCUCUUUGACAAAGUGUACGGAGAUCCUGAUCCGCAGUCUGAACUGAAAGAACCUUCCAAGUGUAGCACAGAUAAUGCCAGAGAGCCGCAAGAAGCAUCUUCUGCUUUUAGUGCUCACGCUGUAGCUGAAGACCCCAAAUCUACCCAGGGGUCAAAGGUCGGACCUUUGACAGGAGGAAAGGAAGCAUCUGGCUUUCUGCUGAAACUCAAGGAUGCUGGCCGACCCAAGGCAGCAAGCUCUUGGAAACAGCAUUCGCCUGUUGCUGUCUCUGCUCAACCGGAUCCAGAAGAGGACUUCUUAAUAAUGGACGACGAAGAAUUUGCGGUACCAGAUCGGAUUUUCAUCCGAAAGCGACCAAACCCCCACAAAAACGAUGACGGCAGUGAUUGUCAGCAGAGAGAAGUGGGGGAGGAUAGGAGAGUAGUGCAGGAUGGCACUGAAAUUCCCAACGAGGCCUCGUCUGGGACGUGGAGUCCCACACAAACACGGACUAAGACAGGCAAGGAGCUUCAGGCAUCAGGAAAGACCAAGUCGGGCAGAGUCCAAAGGGAAAAGGACGCUGAUCUUGAUGUAGAAUGUUCAGUACCCACCGAAAAGACCAAGCUGGGCAAAGUCCGAAGUGAGAACGACAUUGAUAGUGACCGUGAUGUAGAACGUUCAGUACCCACCAAAAAGACCAAGCUGGGCAAAGUCCGAAGCAAGAAUGACGUUGACCAUGGUGUAGAACGUUCAGUACCCACCAAAAAGACCAAGCUGGGCAAAGUCCGAAGUGAGAACGACAUUGAUAGUGACCGUGAUGUAGAACGUUCAGUACCCACCAAAAAGACCAAGCUGGGCAAAGUCCGAAGUGAGAACGACAUUGAUAGUGACCGUGAUGUAGAAUGUUCAGUACCCACCAAAAAGACCAAGCUGGGCAAAGUCCGAAGUGAGAACGACAUUGAUGGUGACCGUGAAGUAGAACAUUCAAUACCCACCAAAAAGACCAAGCUGGGCAAAGUCCAAAGCAAGAAUGACGUUGACCAUGAUGUAGAACAUUCAGUAUCCACCAAAAAGACUAAAUCGGGAAAAGUUGCUAGGGUUCCGCAAAUCGCCUCCACCAAUCAGCAUGGGAUUUUAACGGCGAAGAAAGGUAAGAAUUCCAAAAUGGAAAGGGCUGAAAAACAGGCAGGCAGGAUAAAGCUUAAGAGGAUCAGCUGUCAGAAUUUGAGCCGAACAGAUGCAGCAUCAGGUGGUCCAGAUGAUCCUGGGGAAGAAGUGAUUGACCAAGAUGCUGGACGUGACUCCUCAUGGCUACGCGCCCCUGCUCCAGGAGAGGAAGAAGAUAACGGACAUCCACAGCUAACGUCGACAGAAGAUCCGUGCAAGAGGCAGGAAGGGAGCGACCAUUCCUCAGACAUUUAUGAAGGCAAGAGGAUGCGGAGGAAGCCUGGUUCCUGGUGGCUCAUCAACCAGGAUGGAGAUGAAGAGGGGGACGACAAUGCAGUGGAAAGAGGAAGGGGUCAUCAAGAGAGAGUGGGCUUGGCGCCCCCAAAUAGGAAGCAGUGGGACAGACAUGCCAGCUCGAAGAAGAAUGCAACAGGGUCCAGCGUAGAGGCUGUCAGGAACCAGGCCAAGGAGAACAGCACCAAGUCUUGUAAGCUGAAACCCGCAGGGUGGCCCCACCCUCCGGCAUCUGACCGCCACAGCCCCAGCCAGGCAGCAGACUGUGAACACAUGCAGAACUCCGAACGCAAAGCUCAUGCAGACGGUUUGAGGACACACAGGAAAUCAAGCCGUUCCCCCAUCCAGCAAGGAUCCCAGCAUGGAGUCCAGGGGGGCAGGUUGGGAAAUAAGUGCAGGAAGGCUUCCAGCAACUGGUGGGAGGUCCCGAGGUCGGCGGCGAUGUAUGAGGACAGUGGCUCACCGCCUCACUGCUCCCCCAAACCCACCAGAAGACGCCAGGAGGAAGCAUGCUCGAAAAUGCCACAUAAAGACCAGCCACCCCGCAGAGCUCUGAAUGACACGGGCAAUGCUUGGAAAAGGGGAAAUGCGAAGCAGCAAACCCAGCCUGCCGCUUGGGACAGCAGGAACCUGCCCCCACCACAGAACAGCCGAACCUCUCUGGCCUCCUUUGAUGCCAUUUAUACCCCUGGCAAAGCUGUAACACGAGGUUUACCACAGCGCCCCCUACAGGCCAAGUACACAGCACCCAGACGCAGUCUGUCCCCCGUGGAUGAUGUGCCGGAUACCAUUGACAAGCUUGACGAUGAUCUGGAGCCAUCGAUUCCGACUGUGAGCCUGGUUACGUCCCCAGUUGUGCAGACGGCCAAGAACAGAGGGGCAAUGCUGUGCCUUGGUGAACAGUCAACAGACAUGGAAGGUUUGAUUGGAUUCAGGAGUGGACCAUCGUCAUUCAUUGAAAAGGAGGACUCUGAGAAUACGAGGGCGCAGUUUGUUGAAAACGUCAUGGACAUCCCAUCAGAGGGUCACAUGUGUAACCCGCCCCUGAGUCCCAUACACCUGCAGGUGGAGGACCGGGCGGAGCUGGUCAAGUGGUUGAACAGCGUGUGGUGCAGCCCAGGUGGCUCCCCCAUCAUCACUCCUGAGCACUUCCGGUGGUACGGUUACCAUGGAAGAGCCAUGGGCUGCAGAACCGAUCUGAAGAGCAACACCUUCUCCAGUGGCAAGAUCCUGCUCGGGUCCUACAUGAAGAAGCCUCCCCAAGUGGAUAGCCAGGCUGUGUCGGUUUACAACAUUCUGACAAGUUCCUUGAGCGUGAAGGUCAAUGGUGUGGAGAGCUGCGUUUCCUCUGGACAGACCUUCAUGGUGCCCCGCGGUCACCCAUUUGAGAUGCGGAAUCUGACCGCGGAACCAGCUGUGCUGUUUUUCCACCGGAUGCUGUCAGACGCCGUGUAGAUGGGAGGGGUGGGGCCUUCACAUUAUCCCACAUUACUUUUUUAUGGCUAUGUUCAUUUACAGUCUAAGCUGUUGGACCAUUUUAAUGCUUUAGUGUUGCCUUCAUCCGUAUUUUGAGCUGAGCCUCAAGGUGAAACAAACAUCUGUAAAUUCCUGUGUACAUAAUAUGCGUUUUUUGCUGGUGUAAUUUGUAUUUUGUAGUGCAACUGAUACUAUUUUUUUGUUGAAUUAAAUUAAAUGUUUUUAUGGUCUUUGUUAAAAAAAUAUACAUGUAAUUGAUUUUUUUUUUUUUUUAAGUUUUGCAAAAGAAGUUAAACAUUCUUUUUUAAUGUCUCUCGUCAAAUGUAAUGCAUUUGGUAUUAAAAUCUAAAUUAUUG